ACCAUCAUAAGGCUUUUCUUAUCCUUGGUUGACGUGCUCGUACAUAUGGACAUAUCGCUGUGUGUCUUAAUUGAUUGGUGAAAAGAUUGGGUCCGUAGAGUUUUUGCACUAGUACAGUAUAUCCUUGAACUCCCUUUUUAGCUCUCCGUUCAUAUACAACUCCCCUUCCUUUUUAACUGUGAUCAAGCUCCCGAAGGUUGUUUAGCAAGUUACACACGAUUCAGCAGAGCCGUACAAUUGUUUAUUCCGAAUAUUGGUCUUGGAAGUGCUUGGUGUAGUGUUUGGAAAAAUGUCAGCCAUCCAAUUGCUGAAGGAACUAAUAAAGGCUUCCGAAAAAGCGGCAAACAUUGCCAGAGUUUGCCGUCAGGAUGAGCAUCUCUUUGGGUUGCUGAUACAGGAAAAGCCCAAGGACGAGGCCAAUGCUAGAUUCGAACAUGAUUUCAAAACACUAGCCGACUGCUUGAUACAGGAAUCUGUAAAAUACGACAUAGGAAAAUUGUUUCCAGAGCUUCGUAAAAAUAUUAGAGGAGAAGAAAAUCCUAAUUUUACCAAUACUUGCGGUGAAUCAGUUGUCAUUUCCGUAUCGGAUGAUCGAAAUGAGACGACAGAAAACCUACAAAAGGUACUGAAUGGCGACAAGACCGCAGCAUUGCGAUUGAUCGAUGAGGUGUAUAGGGAAAUCGAUGUAGAUGAGGAUAAGUGGCAAAUUCCCAACGAAUCCGUUUCUCUUGACCAUGAAAUCACCGAACUGGGCAUAUGGAUUGAUCCUAUCGACGCCACGGCGGAAUAUAUUCAAGCGAAGGAAAAGUACUCGAAAUUUCCUAAUAUCAUGGCGUCUGGGCUUAAGUGUGUAACCGUGCUGAUUGGCGUUUAUGAGACUGCACAAGGCAAUCCAAUUAUUGGCGUUGUGAAUCAACCCUUUGCCAACGAACCCGAGACGAACGAGUUCGAGGGCAAAGUUUAUUGGGGACUUACAAUUGGUGAUUUGAAAUAUAACAACAUAGUGUCUGUUGAAACAGAAGAAAAAAUAGCAGUGCUAUCUCCCACAGAACAAUCAAAAUACGUAGAAUUUCUUAAGAAACAACUAAAAUACGAUAUUAUAUACUCAUCUGGUGCGGGAUAUAAAAUUCUCAAAGUUUGUACCGGGGAAGCUGAACUGUUUCUGCUCAGCCGGGCAAACACUUACAAGUGGGACACUUGUGCUCCGCAAGCGAUUCUACGUUCAUUAGAUGGCGAAUUGUUUGAUUUGCAGGAUACACUGGUGAACAAGUCUUUAAAGAAAAUUUCAUAUCGUGAUACAAAGAUCACUCGUAAUACAGGUGGACUAAUUGCAUAUCGAAACAUCGAAAAAUUCAAAGAUUUCCUUAAAUUAUAAACAGCCGUUUAUGGGAAAUACAAAACUACCUUUAAUUAAAUGUCACAACAACAACAACAACAAAAAAAAAUACUAAAACGACUAAUCAUUAAACCUAACGAAUAAACUGGAAAUAGCGGCUGUUCGUUGUUGGAAACAAUGGUAUUUGGAUAUUUAAAUGUUGAUAGUGUUGAAUACUAGAUGAAAUUACUCUUUGCAAUCCCAAAGGGACAUGUUCUAACCGCUGUUCGCAAAGCCAAAUUUGAUGUAAUCAAAUCCAACUGGCGAAAACCACUCGGAUGGCGAAUAUAAGUAUAGCUCUUUUUUCUUAAGUUUAUUAACCAAGCAUAAACUUAAAUGUGAAACUGAUCAUCUUAAAAACCAAUAGUACAAAACCUUAAUGCUUUCAUAUUUGUAUCAAAUUGAUCUCAUUGCUUUUAAAAUCCCAUCAUAUAAGUUCUUUAAUUUAAAGUAUAUUUUAAUCAUUCUAAACAUACAGGCAUUCAGAUAAAGUUUUGAACACAUAUAAUGGAAAUAUAUGUCUAUUAUAGAUAACCUGUAUUUGGUCGAAUAUCCGUGAAUUCGUACUUAAUAGAAGAUGCUUUUUCUGAUGCGAAUGUGUUUGCACUUUCAAGAUGAGUAUAACAAUAAAAAAAAAUAUCGUUCGGACAGUUGUUCUAAAAUCUGUGAAUCAUUUUUAUUGAAGUAGAAGGCAAUAGGGAAACAUUAUUAUGUGAUGCUAUUUAGAUGACUUUUAGAUUGAUGCAUUUAUUGUAUUGUGGAUCCACGGGUAUCCGUUUUGCGAUCGUAUCUGAUGAUAAAGCUGUACUGCAGAAACAAAUAUAUACAAAUAUCUAUAACCAUUCAGCAAUGUGUGUUAGCGUGAAACGAAUAUUAAACAAGCAUCAAUUAGCGAAGCUUUAAUGUAUAUUUAGAAAUAGUUGUGCAUUUAAAAUGCCGAACAGAUGGUGUAAUAUGUAAUUUAACAGAACAUUAAUAAAUUAUUUGUGAAAAUAAUC